CCCUGAUCCCUCGCACCAAGGGCUGAAACUUCGGGGGAAAGGAGGCAGGAGAGAGAAAACUCUCUGCAAGAGGUCUGCAGUCUGAUGAGGGAGGCACAGUUCUUCUACUGCUGGGGGAAGACAGAGACUCAGAGACAGGCGUGCACAGGGGCCUGAGGCAGGCCCCGUCUGAGCGGCGGGGGGCGGGGACAGCACAGGCCCCCGCGCGGUUGCCGCGGCGGCUCCGGGGCUGGAGUUAUCAGCCUGGAAUGCCAGGCGGUGAGCUCAGCCUCGCGGCCGCCCGAGUUAAACUGUCAACAGGGCUGUCUCACUGGAGAAGCUCCCCAGCCCCUCUGGGCCACGGAGAGGACUAAAUUUAGCCGGUAGACAAGAGGCUGGCCCCGCGCCCGGGGCGGCCGGGCCUUAUAAAGCGGCGGCGGCCGGGGCCCGGCAGCUCCCCGAGCCCGCUGCCCCCCGUGCUGCCUGCCCGCCCAGCCCGCCGGCCGGGGCCUGCCGCCACCCGUGGAUGAGCCACAGGACCUCCUCCACCUUCAGAGCGGAGCGGAGCUUCCAUUCCUCCUCCUCCUCCUCCUCGGCCUCCCACAGCCUCCCAGCCCAGGACCCACCCAUGGAGAAGGCCUUGAGCAUGUUCUCCGAGGAUUUUGGCAGCUUCAUGCGGCCCCACUCGGAGCCCCUAGCCUUUCCAGCGCUCCCCACGGCCCGCGCCGGGGGACCGGGCAACAUCAAGACCCUGGGAGACGCCUACGAGUUUGCUGUGGACGUGAGUGACUUCUCACCUGAAGACAUCAUCGUCACCACCUCCAACAACCACAUCGAGCUGGCAGCCGACGGCACUGUCAUGAACACCUUCGCUCACAAGUGCCAGCUGCCGGAGGACGUGGACCCCACGUCGGUGACCUCGGCCCUGCGGGAGGACGGCAGCCUCACCAUCCGGGCCAGGCGCCAGCCCCCCACGGAGCACGUGCAGCAGACCUUCCGGACAGAGAUCAAGAUCUGAGGGCCGCCCCGCCCCACCCCCCACUGCCCCGUGUCACGUUCUCCCCCUCCGGCCAGCCAGAGUGGCUCUCCUGAUCCCCUCGUGUCAGCCCCUCGUGUUCCCGGGCUGAGACCCCACCCCACCCCAGACCCCAGGUGGGUCAUCCCCACCCCCAAAUGAGGGCUUCUGCUCUACCCAGGGCAGGCCGGGGACCCCCCUGCCUCACUCGUGGCCCCCAGAUUGCAGAUACGGCCUUAAUCCAGAACAAAGGGUUUGGGAUGGGAACAGGAAAUCCCAGAGAACCCGGUUUGGAGAAGGGGGUUGGGACAGGCAAUCUGGGCAAAUAAUCUGCAGGACAGACAGACAUAUUCUUUCAUCUUUGGAGUCGCUGCAGGGUAGGGGAACUGGGUAUCCGGGACCCCCUUGGCCAAGGGGAGCAGGAGGGCUGAGGGAGGUCGCUGACAGAGGCGCCCAUGAAACCCAACUGCCAGGCACGGAGAGGCAGGAGACAGCCCUGAGGGUCCGUUUCCCCGCGGCCGUUCUCCAAGCCCGGAGCCCGCUGCUAGGCUGCCCGCUCACGAGGUGUCCCAUCCAGCCCACUGCCCCCGGGCAGGGCCAUGUUGUGUCUGUAUAUAGAUGGGGUUUUUCCAAUACAGCUGGUUCGUGAUAAACUGUG